AUAGUAUGACCACCAUUUUCUUGAUUGCCAUGCGCAUACUCACUUAAUGCGCUCGCAUGGAUUCCGGCUCCUGCUCUACCCGUGGCUUAGGAGGCUAUCCAGCACCACUUGAACAAUGAAGUCCUUCGGAGCGAUUCUUCACACCACGGUCUUGGUUCUUUUGGCUUCUCGUGCUUGAAAGCAGGUAUUGCUAAAGCCGUAGCUUCUGUCCUUGACCACGGAAUCUGCGGCUGCCACUUUCAGUUCAGCUUGGUUGCCCACUUCACCGCGUUGUCCUUGGUCACCAACAUGCUAAUGCUAGGCGAUCAGCGACAACGGAAAGCUCUUGCGGAUCAGCUAGUUGCACACAACAUUAUCGGCACAUGUCUUUCGUACGUGCGUCGGGAGCACUUUUCUCUUCGUCAAAAGGCUGCUGAUUUACUGAGGGCGCUCACGACCGACUAUGUCUUGACAGGGAAGCUCUCCCCAACGGUAGCCUCAGAUCUGUUUGAAGCGCUCUGUUCAAUGUCUCUCGAGUAUCCCGAACGCUGGAGCGAAUAUUUUGCUGGUAAAAAGACGAGAUUUGAGUGUCAGUUGCACUCCAAGCUCGAAGGCGCCUCGGAUGACGCCAAGAAGGGAUCUAAAGUCGGUGCAUAUGUCUUCGGACUAGCGCAAGAGAAUGCACUGCGAGCCUCUCACGGUCUUACGAUGCUAGGCGCUCCUGCUCCUCAGAAGUUCUGCCUCGAGAUGCUCAAACGCCGACCGCAUAUAAUCGACCUAUUGUUCGACUGUGCUAUUCUUCAACGCUCCCCGGCAUUUCCUCAUGCUCAGGUCAACCCAAUGGCGCUGGAGGCUCUUUGUAUUCUCUUCCAGUGGCCUCGAUUUACUGUUCCUGGCGUAUCUCCUUCUACGGAUCGGGCGCUACUGAUUUCUGACACGAAGUCGCUUUCUCAGGCACUGCAGAUUCUUACGACUAGGAAGGGCUGGGCCAGCAACCUGGUAGAGACGUGGACGCACAAUGAGGAAGAAAAGUGGAGCUUGUAUAAGGUCGAAGCAAUGUGCAAGUCAAUGGUGGAGGAAUACGGGCCAAAUCAACAGCCGGCAGAAGACGCGUACCGGCAGGCUACCUUACACCGAGACAAAAGCCGUAUCUACACCUUACGCCUCAUCAUCACUCUCACUCAUUUUUCCGAGUCGUGCGGCGUAACGAACGCCGAACUCAUGUCGUUCCUCCGCAUCGCCUACGAAGCUUCGCACAAAAUUUCCGAGUCUCCUUGGGACGUAAAUGGCCCGAGGGCCGAGGGUAGUUCGACUGCCGAAGCUCUGCCCGUCUGGCACGACCGGUGCGAUCCUCCUCCGAUCUUCGCAGAAACGAUCAGGGUCUUCGUCUCCGAACAGCACAUCGGCCCGACAGCCCUCGUGCGCCUGCUCGCGGUCCUUGCGCAGCGCAAAGCACUCUCGGGCAUUCAGACGCUCAAGAAGCCUCCCCCCGGACUCUCGCAGACGACCACCCUCGCGCACGUGCAGCAGAUCACCCACCCGGACGUGAUACGGCGCAUCAUCGCGAUCUCGAACGGACGCCUGGACCGAUCUCUCGAGAGCGGCCGGCUGCUCAUGACGCAGGACCCGAGAAAGUCGCCCGAGGAGCAGCCGUUCCCGCACGACUACAUAUGCGUCGCGGACGACCUUCCGAAGGAGGAGAGCGCGUGCUCCGGGUUUCUGAACGCGGCGGAGCUGGCGGCCGCGCUCGUCGCGCUCGACACGCACACCGGGGGCGCGUACGCGCCGGAAAUAUGCGGUGCGCGCAAGAAGCUGGUCAUUGCUCUAGGCAACGCCGCUGAGAUGGCGCUGCGCCUUGCGAAGUACCGGUACGCGUACUCGUAUGCUCUUGGCGCGGUGACUUCCGCGGAGAACGUUCCCCUUGAGGCGAACCUGAGUCCUGAGGUCGUCGUAAAGAACAGGCGACGACUAGAGGUGGCGAAGGGUAAACUCGACGGCGCUCUGUGA